AGUGUGUCUGCAUCUGCAACAAGAAGACAGCUAGUUUUUGCCUAUGAUAAAGAAAUAAAAAAUCAGCAACACCGCAGCACCAAAUUUAUUUCCUCCUCAGCCACAGCCACUGGAUGCUUUAUUUUUUGUCCAGAAAUUGUAAAGCAAGAGCCUAGAACUAUGGGAGACUGCUCCAGGAGAAAACAAGGUCUGUAUCUUUUUCUUUUCCUCUGUCUUCCUGGAGCGUUAUGUGUUUCAAUUCACUAUUCUGUGCCUGAAGAAAAGAAAGGUGGGUCUCUGGUGGCUAAUGUGCUAGAGGAUUUGAAAUUGGGAAUAGGAGAGCUUUCAGUUCGCAGAGCCCAGGUAAUUUCCAAAAGUGCUAAGCAAUUUUUCCACCUUGAUACCCACUCUGGGAAUCUGUUGAUAAAUGAUAAAAUAGACAGAGAAGCUUUGUGUGGCCAGACUGAUCCUUGCUUACUUCUCUCCCAAAUUGUGCUGGAAAACCCCUUGGAGCUCUACAGUAUUGUAAUGAAGAUAGAAGAUGUGAAUGACAAUACUCCCAAUUUCUCUAAAAAUAAAUUUGAACUGGAAAUUCCUGAGAAUGUCCCUACAAAUACACAAUUCCCCUUGGAAUCUGCCCAAGAUGAGGACCUGGGGAAAAAUAACAUCGAAAACUACACACUCAGUCCCAAUGAGCAUUUCCAGCUCAGUGUGGAAAGCAACAUGGAUGGAAGUAAAUAUGUGGAUCUUGUUCUGGUGAAACCACUGGACAGGGAGAAGGAACGAUACUUUGAACUAACACUCAAGGCUGUUGAUGGAGGAGUGCCACAGAGAACAGGAACAGCUCGAAUAAAUGUUAACGUUCUGGACAAUAAUGAUAACUUUCCUCAAUUUACUCAGCUUGAAUAUAAAAUUAAAUUAAAGGAAAACAGCCCACAGGACACUCUGGUCUCCAAAGUGAAAGCUACAGAUUUAGAUUUUGGUUCAAAUGCACAAAUCACCUAUUCACUCCACCGAGUACCUGAAAAAAUACACCAUUUGUUCCAUUUAAAUGAAAUUACUGGGGAAAUCACUGUUCUUGGACAUAUUGAUUAUGAAGAAGAAACAAACUAUGACAUGAACAUCAGAGCAACAGAUGGCGGGGGUCUUUCUGGGCACUGCAAGGUCCUGGUAGAGAUUGAGGAUGUGAAUGACAAUGCCCCAGAUGUGUCAAUCAUAUCCAGCACCAACACCAUACAGGAGGAUUCUCCUCUGGACACAGUGGUGGCCCUCUUCAGUACCACAGACCAAGACUCUGGAGACAAUGGAAGGACUGUGUGCUCAGUGGAGGUGAACCUUCCCUUUGUGUUAAAACCUACUGUGGAUAACUAUUACCAGCUUGUGAUCCAAAGUCCCCUGGACAGGGAGAAAGUUGCUGAGUAUAAUAUCACCAUCACAGCCAUUGAUCGGGGCUCUCCCAGGCUCACUUCAACAAGAAUUAUUAAUGUUCAAAUUUUAGAUGUCAACGACAAUCCUCCACUGUUUGAAAAGUCUUCAUUUGAAAUGCAGAUACAGGAAAAUAAUAUCCCUGGAUUGCUAAUUGGCUCAGUCCAUGCUGCUGAUCUGGACACGGAACGGAAUGCCAAAGUCACCUACUCACUUUUGCCCGGGAAGAUUGUUGAUGGUCCUGUGGCCUCUUACAUCUCGGUCAACUCUGAAACUGGAAAUUUGUAUGCCCUCAGAUCUCUGGAUUAUGAGGAGAUCAAAAAUUUCAAUGUGACAGUGAGGGCUACAGAUGGCGGGUCUCCUCCCUUGAGCUCAGAAGUUAUUGUCGAAUUUGUUGUCACAGAUGAAAAUGAUAACGCUCCCUUCUUCCUCUAUCCCCUUCAGAACAGUACAUCGCCCUGCAGUGAGUUGGUCCCCAAGUCGGCAGAGGCCGGUUACCUGGUGACCAAGGUGAUUGCUGUGGAUGGAGAUUCUGGUCAAAACUCCUGGCUUUCCUAUGAGUUGCUGAAGGCCACAGACCCUGGCCUUUUCAGCAUAGGAGCCCAGAAUGGAGAAGUGAGAACCAGGAGGCCCCUGAAUGAGCGAGACACAAGCAAGCAGAGACUCAUGAUAGUGGUGCGAGACAAUGGGCUCCCUCCCCAGACCAGCACUGUAAUGCUCAAUGUCCUUCCAGUGGAUGGCUUUUCAGAACCUUAUAUGAAGGCUGUGGAGGUUAGUAACCAAGAACACGAAGAAGAUGGGACCUUGACCUUGUCUUUGGUGAUCUGCCUGGCUGCAGUCUCCUUUGUGUUCCUAGUUUGCAUUGUUUCAUUUAUUGUCAUCAAGAUCUACAAGAAGGAUCCCAGGGGAAGUUUUAUCGCCGCACCUCCUCACUUCCCACCUGCCAGGCCUGAUAUCCCAGAAAACUGCACCGAUUUUCAGAGUGGGUCACUUUCCAGGAGUUACCACUAUGAUGUUUGCUUAACUGGUGGGUCCCUAAGCAGCGAGUUCAGAUUUCUCAGGCCCCUCAUUCCUGUUUUUUCUGUUGGGGACCCAAACAUCCCUGUGAACCACAGGAUGCCUUCUUGUUCCCAAGAUAUUCCUGAUGAUUUGGAGAGCAGAAAAUCAAUGGAACAGGUGAGAGAGAAGGGUAUGUUUUUUUAAGUCUCAGUAUACC